AGGAGGAAUGAAAACCACGUGUGUUCACCACCAUGUACUGCUCUGUCCUUCCUCAGUACUUGUUGUUGUAAGCCUGUACCCUUUACAUGUAGCCACUCACCCCGAGAAGCACGUUUGUUUUAAUUUUUGCUUUCCUAUUUCACCAAGUCAGAGUCGCACACGGGAGCAAAGCUGCGUGGAGGAUUUCUGUACAAACACUGACUGCCGAACAUGGUGAGCAAAACAGAUGACAUCCCGGCGUCAGUGCCUGACUGUAAUCCGGUUGAGCUGUCGGAUGAACCGGGGGAUGGAGCCCAGGACGGGAAAGAGACCGGCAGGACACGUCUGAAGGAUUCCUGCGGCUGUGGGCAUAGUGCAAAUACAGCCAUGGUGAACGAAGACGGAGCUCACGAGCACACGGAGGAGCCCGAAUCGAAGCACAACGGGACGGCGGACGGAGGGGACGAGUCCAACGAGCAAGAAGUGAUAGUGAUCCAGGACACGGGCUUCACCGUGAAGAUCCAGGCGCCUGGAACGGAGCCGUUUGACCUGCAGGUGUCGCCCCAGGAAAUGGUGCAGGAGAUCCAUCAGGUGUUGAUGGACCGCGAGGAUACCUGCCACCGCACCUGCUUCUCUCUGCAGCUGGACGGGAACGUGCUGGACAACUUUGCAGAGCUCAAGUCCAUCGAGGGCCUGCAGGAGGGCUCGCUGCUCAAAGUGGUUGAAGAGCCGUACACGGUGCGUGAAGCCCGCAUUCAUGUGCGCCACAUCAGAGACCUGCUGAAAAGCCUGGACCCCUCCGACGCCUACAACGGAGUGGACUGCAACUCCCUGUCUUUCCUCAGCGUCUUCACUGACGGAGACCUCGGAGACAGCGGUAAGAGGAAGAAGAAGGGCAAUGAGCUGGAACAGAUCGACUGUACUCCCCCAGAACACAUCCUGCCGGGCAGCAAAGACCGCCCUGUGGUGCCCCUCCAGCCACAGAACAAGGACUGGAAGCCCAUGCAGUGCCUGAAGGUCCUGACCAUGAGCGGCUGGAACCCUCCGCCUGGGAACAGGAAGAUGCACGGCGACCUCAUGUACCUGAACAUGGUGACGGUGGAGGAGCGCCACGUCAGUGUCACCGCCUCCACACGGGGCUUCUACCUCAACCAGUCUACAACCUACACGUUCAACCCAAAACCAACCAACCCGAGUUUCCUGAGCCAUUCUCUGGUGGAGCUGCUGAGCCAGAUCAGCCCUGCCUUCAAGAAGAACUUCACUGCACUGCAAAAGAAAAGAGUUCAAAGACACCCGUUUGAGAGGAUCGCCACACCUUUCCAGUUGUACAGCUGGACCGCACCGCAGGUCGACCACGCCAUGGACUGCGUCAGGGCUGAGGACGCUUACACCUCCCGCCUGGGCUAUGAGGAGCACAUACCUGGACAGACCAGAGAUUGGAACGAGGAGCUUCAGACCACGAGAGAACUUCCCCAGAAAAACUUACCUGAGCGCCUGCUGAGGGAGAGGGCCAUCUUCAAGGUGCAUAGUGACUUUGCAGCCGCAGCCACUCGAGGCGCCAUGGCGGUAAUCGAUGGGAACGUAAUGGCGAUCAACCCUGGCGAGGAAACGCGCAUGCAGAUGUUCAUCUGGAACAACAUCUUCUUCAGCCUGGGCUUCGAUGUGCGGGACCAUUAUCACGAGCUGGGCGGCGACGCAGCCGCCCACGCUGCACCCACUAAUGACUUGAACGGCGUUCGGGCUUACGGAGCAGUGGAUGUGGAGGGCCUGUACACCUUGGGAACGGUAGUGGUGGACUAUAGGGGCUACCGAGUCACCGCCCAGUCCAUCAUCCCAGGCAUCCUGGAGCGUGAGCAGGAGCAGAGCGUCAUCUACGGCUCCAUUGACUUUGGAAAGACUGUAGUUUCUCACAGCAAAUACCUGGAGCUGCUGGAUAAGACCAGCAGGCCGCUGAAGGUUCAGCGGCACAAAGUGCUGAACGAGAAGGAGGAGGCCGUGGAGUUGUGCUCUUCUGUCGAAUGUAAAGGCAUCAUUGGGAAUGAUGGCCGACAUUACAUUCUGGACCUUCUUCGUACCUUCCCUCCGGACCUUAACUUCCUGCCUGUGUGCGGAGAGGAGCUGUCUGCAGAUAGCCAGUGCCAAGGCUUCCCCCGCCAGCACCGCCAUCGCUUGGCUUGUCUUCGCCAAGAGCUCAUUGAGGCCUUUGUGGAGCACAGAUAUCUCCUCUUCAUGAAGAUGGCAGCGUUGCAGCUUAUGCAUCAAAAGGCAAACAAGGACUUGAACAAGGCUGAUACGCCUGCAAUCACUGACACGUCAGAGGAAAAAAGCAACGCAGAUACAAAACAGAUUACAGCUACAGACUCUUCUACUGCCACACGAGUGUCCACACAUGGCACAGACCAGGAAGACAACAGUACUGACUCUCAAACGGUGAUCGAAGGUGAAGGAAACUCAAAGCCCACAACAAACGGGCCUGUAGACCCUGCAGGCACUCCGAACGGGCAAUUCAAAAGCAAAUUGGAGGUUAAGGAGCUUGAAGAAAGUAUUCCAGGAUUAGCUCAGGCCAAAGAGCUGGCGGAGACCUUAGUUGCCGAAGAUGGAUCUGGUGUUGAUCCCAAAAGUCGUGAAGUGGUCCUGAACGCCUGCAAGGCCGUGGGCUCCAUCAGCAACACGUCUUUUGAUAUUCGCUUCAACCCCGACAUCUUCUCUCCAGGAGUGCGUUUUCCAGACGACAGCUUGGAGGACGUCCAGAAGCAGAAGCAGCUUCUCAAAGACUCCGCUGCCUUCCUUGUGUCGUGUCAGAUCCCGGCUCUGAUUAAAGACAGUUUGGACCACAGCACUCUGCCCCUGGAUGGAGUCACCCUGACUGAGGCCUUGCACCAGAGAGGCAUCAAUGUUCGCUAUUUAGGCACAGUUUUAGAGUUUGUGGAUAAGACUCCUGCCAAAGCCCAGCUGGAGCACUUCUACAGAAUAGGAAUCAUGGAGCUGAUCACCAGGUGUGCUAAACAUAUCUUCAGGACAUACCUCCAGGGUGUGGAGCUGUCUGCUCUGUCUGCCGCUGUAAGCCACUUCCUGAACUGCUUCCUAAGCUCCUUCCCCGACGCAGUCGCCCACCUGCCUCCAGACGAGCUCGUGUCACGACGCAAAAGCCGCAAACGCCGCAACAGGGUCCCCGGUGCCGGCGACAACACGGCGUGGGCCAGCCUGACACCCAGCGAGCUGUGGAAGAACAUCACCUCUGAGGCUCUGAGCUACUAUCACUUCACCCUACAGUGUGAAAGUGUCGAUCAGGUCGUGGAGAAGUACGGCCUUCAGAAAAUCACCCUGCUCCGAGAAAUUUCAGUCAAAACUGGCAUCCAGAUUCUACUCAAGGAGUACAACUUCGACAGCCGCCACAAGCCGGCCUUCACGGAGGAGGACAUCCUGAACAUUUUCCCUGUUGUGAAGCACGUCAACCCCAAAGCCUCAGACGCCUUCCACUUCUUCCAGAGUGGGCAGGCCAAAGUGCAGCAAGGUUUUCUGAAGGAGGGCUGCGAACUGAUCAACGAGGCUCUGAACCUUUUCAACAACGUGUACGGAGCCAUGCACGUAGAGAUCUGCGCCUGCCUGCGCCUGCUCGCACGCCUUAAUUACAUCAUGGGAGACCACCCCGAGGCUCUCAGCAACCAGCAGAAAGCUGUCCUGAUGAGUGAAAGAGUCCUCGGCAUUGAGCACCCAAACACAAUUCAAGAAUAUAUGCACUUGGCUCUGUACUGCUUUGCAAACGGCCAACUGUCAACCGCCCUGAAGCUGCUUUACCGUGCUCGGUACCUCAUGUUGUUGGUUUGUGGAGAGGACCAUCCAGAGAUGGCUCUAAUAGACAAUAAUAUUGGACUUGUUCUUCAUGGAGUGAUGGAGUACGAUUUAUCUCUGCGGUUCCUGGAGAAUGCUUUGACCAGCAACACAAAGUACCACGGACCCCGGUCCCUCAAAGUGGCCCUCAGUCAUCAUCUAGUUGCAAGAGUUUAUGAAAGCAAGGCAGAGUUUCGCUCUGCUCUGCAGCACGAGAAGGAGGGUUACACCAUUUACAAGAACCAGAUGGGCGAGGCUCAUGAGAAAACCAAAGAGAGCUCGGAGUAUUUGAAGUAUCUGACCCAGCAGGCUGUAGCACUGCAGAGAACCAUGAAUGAGAUUUACAAGAACGGCUCCAACGCCAGCAUCAUGCCCCUCAAGUUCACUGCUCCCAGCAUGGCCAGCAUCCUGGAGCAGCUAAACAUCAUCAACGGCAUCAUCUUUAUUCCUCUCAGCCAAAAGGAUCUGGAGAACCUGAAGGCCGAGGUGCAGAGGCGACAGCAGCUGCAUGAGCUGGGGAAGAGCGAGGAGCCCAUCGAGGACAGCCCACUGGAACUAGAAGACAAAAUCCCUGUUGAUUAAUACUCAAACAGCCUCAACAAAUACUUCCUGCUUUUAAAACAAUGAGAGGGAUGGAGGCUGUGGUGCAACAGCCUGGAGCCUGUGGACCCAUGAACCAAGUAAAUCAGCUUUGAAAUAAACUGUGGGGGUCAGAGACAAACUGUGGAAUACAGGAGAACAUGAAAAGAGAGCAGGAGCAGAAAUGACGAAUGGAAAAAAA